ACGAUGUCGAAUCAAGAACUGGAACGUAGUGACUCGAGUGCGAGCUAUUCUUCUUCUCCUUACUACAUGGAGACUUGUGAGAAGCAAUGGACGCCAUGGUUGGUUCCUAUGUUUGUUGUGGCUAAUAUUGCUAUGUUCAUUAUGAUCAUGUACGUCAAUAAUUGCCCCACUUCCAAUCUGGGUUUUGGAGAUAAGUGUGUGGCCACUUUUCUUGGGCGGUUUUCGUUGCAGCCUUUCAAGGAGAAUCCCCUCUUGGGUCCCUCUUCAAAUACACUGUUGAAAUUGGGAGCUUUGCAAUGGGAUAAGAUUGUUCGUCAGCAUCAAGUAUGGAGACUUAUGUCCUGCAUCUGGUUGCACGCUGGAAUCAUUCAUCUUCUUGCAAAUAUGUUGAGUUUGGCUUUGAUUGGGAUCCGCCUUGAGCAACAAUUUGGAUUUGUGAAAAUCGGGAUAAUAUAUCUUGUUACUGGAGUUGGCGGGAGCGUAAUGUCUUCCCUGUUCAUCCAAAACAAUAUUUCUGUGGGUGCUUCGGGUGCCCUCUUUGGACUUCUCGGAGCUAUGCUAUCCGAGCUUUUAGUGAACUGGACAAUCUACUCCAACAAGGCUGCUUCACUCUUCACCCUCAUUGUGAUCGUAGUAAUUAACUUGGCAGUUGGUGUGCUGCCUCAUGUGGACAACUUCUCCCACAUUGGAGGAUUCUUAACAGGAUUACUUCUCGGGUUUGUGUUGCUUAUACGACCGCAGUUCAAAUGGGCCGAGCGCCACCAUCUCCCACCGUGUACUCGUCGUGUAUCCAAGUAUAAAAUUUACCAGUAUAUUCUCUGGCUGGCUGCUGCAAGUCUACUAGUUGCUGGCUUUACGAUGGGGCUGGCUAUGCUAUUCAAGGGGGACAGUGGAAACAAGCACUGCAGCUGGUGCCAUUACCUAAGCUGUGUGCCAACUUCAAAAUGGGACUGUGCAAAUUAGCCAUUCUUGAUGAGGUUUUUUAUACAUUCUUUUGGUAUUUUGUGUUUGUUCUAAAACUUUUG